CACCCAAGCAUACGGAGCACUCGAUCCAGUAGCAACAAGGGGAUCUAGCAGCUAGCAAUAUGACGAUGAGGCGGGGUUCUUCUCUAGUCCUCCUCCUGCUUCUUGGCACGCUCGCCAUUGCUGCUGCUGCCGCGUCUGGUGCUGCAGCAGAUUUAGUAAGGGACAGGGAACAGCUUCCUGACCGUGGAUACCGUAGACCUAGGCCCGGCGUCAUCCCUCGCCCUCGCCCUGAUCCAUACCCAAAACCGGAGCCACUGCCAGCUGGCCCAAAGCCGCUACCUGGCCCAGGGAACCCAAAGCCACUUCCUGGCCCAGAGGACCCAAAGCCUCUUCCUGGUCCAGAGGGCCCGAAACCACUUCCAGGCCCAGAGGACCCAAAGCCGCUUCCUGGCCCACAGCCUGACCCAAACCCACAACCACUGCCAGGCCCACAGCCUGACCCGAACCCAGAACCGCUGCCUGGCCCAGACCCUAAACCACUACCAGGCCCACAGCCAGACCCAGAGCCGCUUCCUGGGCCCGAAUCCGCCUCAGUCAGGGCUGUGAAGAAUGCAGAUCGCGCGGGGUCGCAAACCCUUAGGCCCGAAUCCGCCACGGUCAGGGCUGUGAAGAAUGCGGAUCGCGCGGGGUCGCAAACCCUUAACUGAUGAGCAUGCACGUACAUGAACAUCAACUGUACGACGAUCGAUCCAUCUAAGAGGAAUAAGUGGCACGUUUUCAUCACCUGCAGAGUCAGCUGUCAGAUUAAAUGUAACGCCACUAUGACCAAUUUCCUGUCUCAUCUAGACAUCUACCUGCAGGCUGUGAGGCUAGCUUGUCUCUCUAAUGUAGAAAGGUGUGUGUAUUGCUUGGGCUGCCACUGCUAUGUAUACGUGCCCAUCAUAUUGUAAUCAAGUUAUACAUAUGUAUCUUCUAUGUGUGACUACUUAUUCUUGUGUCCCGUUUUAUGUAUGAUCGAUGGUCCAUGAAUUUCUAACUUAA